AUGGUUGCAGAAAUUGGUGUAGGGCCGCAGAUCAUGUGGGUGCUAAGAACGCUAAUCAGUGUAGAGAAAGAUAAUUUUACGAGCGAAGAAAUAGAAAUUAUAAAAAAUUUGCACGGGGAGGGUAACGGAUGGGCACAGAUAGCAGCUGUUUUAAAUAAUUGUCGCACUGAAAAAGGAAGACGAACUGCAAAUCAAGUUAAAAAUUAUUGGUAUCAAAAGCUUUCUAAAACGAAAAGAGAAAAAAAUAACGACCUCAAAAUUCGUAAGCAUAAUGUUGAAAACAAGAAUGCAACACUCAGAAACUAA